AUGAAAUCAUUCAUCAUUUUAGCUUUAUUCAUAACUUUAGCCUUUUCAAAUUUUUCUUAAAAAGAAGCUCAUUUAUCACUUGCUGAAAUCUAUAAAAGUGCAUUUGGUUCUACUAUUUUAAAUGCUAUUUAAAUGAACAUAAGCAGUCAAGCUACAUCUGAUGAUAUCAUAGCAUUAAUUGAUUAGAUUUUAAAUUAAUUGUAAGAUGCUCAAAUUAAAAAAAACACCUAAAAUGAAGUCGACGUUUCUAACUAUGCUUUAUAAGUAUAAUAAUUAUCUGGCAGAAUUAAAUAAACCUUAGACGAUACUGAUACUACUAGAAAUGAAAUAAAAUUAAGCGAAGAAAAUUUAGAAUAAUAUAAAUUGAUUAAAUUAUAAGCUGAAAGUGAUUACUAAAAUAUUGUUAACUCAAUAGAAAUAGGAACUGCUGAAAGAGAAUUAGCACAUGCUAACUGGUAAGAAUCUGAUAGUGAAUUAGCUGCUGCUUUAGAAGCUAUUGACUAAGCUAAUGUUUUACUUUAACAUUUGCAUAAUGGAGUUUCUUUUGUUUAAUUAUCAUUGAGAUUUGGUAAAGUUUUGGGGAAAUUAAAAAAUUUGAAAUCAAAAUAAUCUUCAUUAUUCAGACCUGUAAUUAUGGCUUUAUCUUAAAUUUAAGAUAAUUUGAAUUACGAUAAACUCUAAAAAAUCAUAGAAUUAUUAGUAAACUUAAAAAAUACUUUAAAUGAUGUAAAAGACAUUAAUCAAAAAAAUGAAACUAAAAAUACUGAAAAAUGGGAAAAUAGACUUAAUUUAUUAAAUAACAUUAAUAAGAAUAUGUUUAAUUAUCAAUAUGUUAUUGGAAAAGGUGGUUUUGGAAAAGUUUGGAGAGUUGAACAUAAAAAAACUAAAUAAAUAUAUGCAAUGAAAGAAAUGCUUAAAUCAAAAAUAAUAACUAAAAGAAGUGUAAAUUCAGUAAUGAGUGAAAGAAAUUUACUAAGCUAAUUAAAACAUCCAUUUAUUGUUAAUAUGAAUUAUGCAUUUUAAGAUAGAGAUAAUCUGUAUUUAUUAAUGGAUUUAGUUAAUGGAGGAGAUUUACGAUUUCAUAUAGGUAGACAUAGAAGAUUUAAAGAAAAUCAAACAUUAUUUUUUGUUUGCUGUAUUAUUCUUGCAUUUGAAUAUUUACACGAAAAUAAUGUUAUUCAUAGAGAUGUUAAACCUGAAAAUUUAGUUUUAGAUACAGAUGGUUAUGUUAAAUUAACUGAUUUGGGUGUCGCUCGUGUUUGGAGAGAAGAUAAUGCUUAGGACACUUCGGGUACACCUGGUUAUAUGGCUCCGGAAGUUAUGUGUAGAUAAAAUCAUGGAAUUGCAGUCGAUUAUUUUGCUUUGGGGGUUAUUGCUUAUGAAUUUAUGAUGGGAAGAAGACCUUAUCUAGGUAGAAAUAGAAAAGAAAUUAGAGAUUAAAUAUUAUCUAAAUAAGUUUAAAUUAAAAAACAGGAAAUACCAGAAGGAUAUUCAAUAGAGGCUGCAGAUUUUAUUAAUAGAUGCAUUUAAAGAAAACCAGCUAAUAGAUUAGGUGUUAAUGGUCCUUAAGAGGUGAAAUGUCAUCCCUGGUUUAGAAAUAUUGAAUGGAAUAAAUUAUUAAAUAAAUAAAUAUAAGCACCUUUUAUACCAAUAGCUAUUGAAGAUAAUUACGAAUAUAGAUAAUAAAUUUCAAUAGACGGAAUUGAUUCUAAUGAAGAACUUAUUUAAUAAAAUGCAUUGCUUUUAAGAAAAGAUAGUGUAUAAAAUUUAUUUGCUGGUUAUAAUUUUAAUAUGGAAGAUUAUGUAAAAUAAAUUGGAAGUACAAAAAACAGCACAUCUACGAACGUAAAUACAGAAAGAACGUAGUCUACAUUAAAUUCUAAAAAAUUUUAAUAGGAUAUGUCAUGA